AUGUCAGAUGAUAAAGGUUCAUUGGAAUAUCUCCCAAUCUAUUCAUUCCUCUUUCCAAAUGUAAAAGGCUCUAGUUUAUAUAAUGCCUAUGAUCGGGAUGAAGUUGAAAAUAAAUUGGUUAUCAAAAUCGAUCAAGACGAUCAAGCUCCAAAAGCUGUGAUCGAUAUCGAUGCUAUACAUGAUGAUAUGAAAGCAAAUAGUAUUAAGUCUGAUAGCGUAUUCAUCCGAAUCUGUUGCUCUUUUAUAAGAGCUUUAUAUCGAAUUCUUGACUGCAGUUGGGAAGACAUUUUCAAAGGAUUAGUAAUCACUACAUCAUCAGACCCUAGCAAGUGUAGCUACCAUAUUCUAUAUGCACCAGCUCUUCUUAUCGAUCAUCAUGAACUCAAAGCAUUCACAGAACUAGUAUAUACCUUAACCGGGGAAAAGUUUGGCAAGUAUAUUGAUCGAGGAUUACCUGGUCAAAACUUUAACCUCCGCCUUAUUGGUUCAGCAAAUAAAGGACUUGAAGUAAGACCUCGCAUUCUUAGCAUGAAAAAAAAUAAUAAUCAAUUAUCAAAGAAUAGUGAUGAACCAGGAGAAAUUUUUGAAUGUGAUCCAUCUAUUGCAGAAAAAAUUUGGCAAGAAAAUAAAAAAUCUCUACAAUCCUUUCACAAGGUUAAGGUUUUGGAGAUAGUAAGACUAUUACCUAAUGAAGGUGAUAUUUAUGUGGGAUCACCUUGGGAGAUGGGAAAAACAUAUAUUCUAGAGCAUCUUACUAUAUCUAAUGAUGUAAAUUUGUUAGUAUUAUUCACGCGUCACUCUUACUCAAAUGCUGUUACUACAAGGCUUAAUCUUAAGUCAUAUUGCGAUAUUGAUGGUAAUAUAAAUCUACUUGAUCAUAAAAGGGUAGUAUGCCAGAUAGAGAGUUUACACCGUAUUACUAAUAAUUGUAAAUGCGAUAAAAAAUGCAAAUGUCCUCCAACCCAAUACGAUUUAUGGCUUGAUGAAAUAGUAUCUAUAAUUGCUCAGGCACAAAGUUGUUUAGCAGAGCAAUCAAUAGAGAAAUUGUAUAAACUAAUUCAAGAAGCGAGACGCAUUAUCGUUAUAGAUAAUAAUCUUACUGAUCUUAAUAUCGAAUGGAUUAAAGCUCUUCACAAGGAUAAACUAUUUUCAAUUAUUCAUAACACUUACCAGCCUCAGAAAGGUAAAACAUUCCGCCUAGCUUUUAAUAAAGAAUCUAUAUUAGUCAAACUCUGGGAUUGGGCUAAACAGACUUCCUUGUUACCUUUUGAGAAUCGUAAAAGUGCAUCAAUUAUUUGCCAUCUUAGAAAAGAUCUACAAGGAAUUGUUCGUGCUCUCAAGACUGAGGAAUAUCACGGUAAAUCCGAUCCAAUAGAAAAAGCUCAAAAUUUCAAAACAAAUGCCGGGACGAAUCAGAUAUUAUUCUGCAUGCGAUGUAUUAAAGAUUAUAUAUGUCAUAUUGAGCAGAGAUCUUCUAAUGUUCCAGUUACAGAGAAAGGAUUAUUCCAAUGGUUGUUGAAUGACAAACGCGAAUGCCUUCCUAGUGAACUUCAGAAUAGAGGGAUUUUUCCAGAUGUAGAUUCUAUUAUACGGAAUAAAGAUAUGUCAACUAUUCGAUUGUGGGCAGGUAUGGUAGUUUCUGUCAUAGAAUUCGUUCCUAAACCUGAAGAUACUACGAUAUUGCUAUUCCAAACAGUGAAGAUGAGUUUUUCUAUUGUUAAAGCAGAGGAGAUAUCAAAUAUAUCUAAUGCUUCUAUUGUCAACCAUGAGACUGCUGAAUUAUUAGAGAAUAAGUCAAAGAAGACUUUAGAAGAGACGCGCUCUUUAGACUGGCAUCAUAUUGUGGAUUGUUAUGAGAUACCACCUGAAACAUUAACUGAAGAUUUUAUCUCUGA